GAUAAUGUGGGCAUGACAAAACAGUGCGGGUUUUUUUUGUACUGAGUGCAAAGGAUUUACAGCUUUUUUCCCCCAGCUGGUGUUCACACCCGUGUAGACAUUUGUAGUACACGAAGAUUUGUCUUGUCGGUCAAAAAUGGGGGAAAAAAGGCUGAGCGUGUAAUAUUUUGAAAUGGGAUGUAACGUCAGCAGGGUGCUGGUGCCCGUGGAUCUGAGAGGCACGGACAUUCCAGCCCAGAAGACCACGACGACCUCAUCACCAGCGGGGAUAGCGACAGCAGCUGCGACAAGGAACAAACUGCAGACUAUUGGCAGUGAAACGAAACCCGACAUUGAGCAGAUCGUCCGAGGAAACGUGUCUCUAGAAUGUCCGUCGACUGCCAAGAUAGUCCGAAUAUUCACCAGCAGUACCUUCACUGACACCCGACAUGAACGGAACACUCUGAUGAAGAGCGUCUACCCGAGGCUGAAGUCUCGGUGUCAGAAGAAGGGUUACGAGUUCCAGGUGGUCGACAUGAGGUGGGGGGUCCGGGACGAGGCCACUGACGACCACAUGGCGGCGGAGCUCUGUCUCAAGGAACUUGACCUCUGCAAAAAACUCUCCACCGGACCUUGCUUUGUGACGUUCCUGUCACAUAAAUACGGAUAUCGAAAUUUCCCAAGAGAGAUAGAGGCAUCGGAAUUUAUAAAACUGAUGGAUGGUAUUUUUGACGAAGAAGUAAAACGGUUGUUACUUAGGUGGUUCAAGAAGGACGACAAUGCUAUUCCAUCAACAUAUAUCCUGCAGCCAAUCAGUUCUCAGAUUCCGGAAUUCCUAGCCAAUGACGAGGAGAGGAAAAAGGCGGGGAAAACAAAAUGGAACCAGGAGAACCAGACGAUGCACUGGGCGUUAAUCAAUGCAGCAUACAGACAGCUGAGUACCACGCGAGCGGACAGAUAUGCAAUGUCAUUAACAGAAGCUGAAAUUAGUAGAGGUGUGCUUUCGUCACAGGAAAAUAUAUCUCGUUCAAUCUGGUUUUACCGAAAAAUAAAGAACAUCGACGAACAAGAACCCGACUAUACGCUAAGUCGCUACACUGACUGCGUGGGGAGCGGAGACUCGGUUAAAGAUUCCAGAAAUAGACUCGUUAACCUGAGAGACAACAAACUGUUCAGGAUACUGCCGAGAGACAACAUUGUGCGAUACACCGUCUCGUGGUCUCCGUCAGGUAUUGAUCCAGACGAAAACGAUGAGCACAAGACAUACCUCAACAAACUGUGUCAAGACUUCGAGUACAAACUGUCGGCGAUGAUAGACGACGCCAUACAGACGAGGGAGAAGGCGAAGCUGGAUGACCCUCACAUUGAGGAGGUUGUCCAGCACACGCUGUUCUGUCAGGAGAAAUGUAGAGCUUUCCAAGGUCGCAACGACACUUUAAAGAGAAUCAGCUACUACCUGAAGGAUUCGAAAUCUGACUUCCCUCUGAUACUUCACGGAGAGUCUGGCUCUGGGAAGACUUGCAUCAUGGCGGCGGCUGUACGAAACACGUGGCGCGUGCUGGGCACGCGGGGAAAUAUCAUCAUUAGAUUUUUAGGUACGACUCCCGACAGCUCUAACAUAGCCUCUCUGCUGACAAGUGUAAUAUUGCAAAUCAGAAGAAUAUAUGGCGUGGAUAUAAAAAGUGAGAUGCCAAUGGACGUCAAAGACUUGUUCCAGCUGUUCCAGGACACGCUCAGUUUUGGCACGAAGGACAGACCCCUGGCACUGUUCUUUGACUCCCUCGACCAACUCGAUACAGCAGGGGGCGCCAGACAGUUGACGUGGUUACCAAGGCAACUACCAGAAUACGUUAAGAUGGUUAUAUCAACACUGACUGAAGCAAAGUACGAAAUAUUUCCACGACUUAAGACGGCAGUUGACACCAUCACAGAGGAAGGUCGUUGA